AUGUCCAUUUCCGGCCGUCGUCCGCCCGCCGUGGAGCUGCUCGAGGGGCUCGCUGGGAGUGAGGGCGACCUCUCCGGGCCACCGCUCGCCAAGAAGUUGAGGUACGCCCUCUACGAGGCUCGAAACGCUAAGCUGAUCAUACUCGAGGAGAAGUUUUUCGAGCUCCUCAGCAAGGGAGAGAACACCCUGGCGAUGAAGCUGAUGCCGGAGGAGUACAUUCGAAUCGAGCACUCGCUGAGGACGAGACGCACCGAACUCCACCCGGAGAUCAAGAAGUUUGACUCCAGAGACGCCCAUUGGCGUCGUCGCCUCGCCAUCCGGGUCCAAAAACAGCUGGACCCCGCCUACAUGCUGCCCUGCAAGCGGUUGGAGCAGCUCACUGACCAAGCCUUCAAAUACCAAGUCCGGAAGUGCCGACUCCACUUGACAACGACCACCUGUGGAGCGCAAGAUGGCACCCUCUCCAUGUGGAGCGCGGACUCGGCCAAGCCGGUCGCGAAGCUUGACGAUAUCCAUCGAGGCGUCGUCAACUCGGUACGAUGGAGUCCGUGCGAUACCGCGAUGAUGAUCAGCGUUGGGGAUGACAAGCAUCUCCGCGUCUUCACCGCCAACCUCGUUCACUGCGCCGAUAGCCGCCGCGCACGGCCGCAACGCGCCGCCCACCUCAGCGCCAACGGCGUCGGCGGCCACCGCUCAACACCGAUACCUCAACUCGAUUCGGGUCACAAGAAAAAGCCGGUCAAUCAGCUCGACUACCUCCGCCUUCAAGCCGUCGCCCGGGCACGCGGCUUGAUCUUCUCCAACCCAGGAUAUGCCAUU